AAUCAAUUAAAUUAAAACCCAGAUGCAUUACAUCAGACAAUAAACAUCCUACGCCAUUAAACCUGACGACCUUGCUAAUUUAAAACUAAUUUUUGUGUUGUUUUUUUUUGCACUUGUGUUUGUUUAGAUGCAUCGCAGAUUAUAGAGAGUAAGUUAUAAAUUCCUGUUUUGAACUCCUAUCAGCCCAGACCUUAUACAAUUUCAUCAUUUUUUUUUUUUUUUUGGUUGAAGUAAGCAGUCAUUUGCAGUCAACUGUUUGCAAUGAUCUGGUUGAUUUUGCUGUCAAUCACGGCGAUUUUGCUAUGGUACAACUUCGUAAGACCCAUGAACCAUUUCACCAGAAUGGGGGUGAAACAAUCAAAGCCUUGGCCCUUUUUCGGCGACAAUUGGCAAGUGGUUUUCAAAUAUAUGAGCUUCAACGAAUUAAUUGAGUGGGCUUAUAAUUUAUAUCCAAACACAAGAUACUCUGGAUUUUAUCAAUUUGCUUUGCCUUCGCUGAUCUUAAGGGAUCCAGACUUGAUUAAACAAAUUACUAUAAAGGAUUUUGAUCAUUUCACUGAUCAUAGGCCUUUCAUUGACCCUGAAUCAGACCCCUUUUGGGGUUCGAAUUUGUUUUUCAUGGGAGGGUCCGCUUGGAGGGAAAUGAGAGCCACCAUAAGUGGAACUUUUACCAGCAGCAAGAUGAAGUUUAUGUUUAAUUUAAUGGACGAUGCUGCUGAGACUUUUGUCAAGUUUUUCGUUGAUAAAAAACAAGAGGUGCUUGAAGUUGAUAUGAAAGAUAUUUUCACCAGAUACACAAACGAUGUUAUUGCAACAAUUGCCUUCGGAAUCAAGGUGGACUCGUUGAACGAGCCCAACAAUGAGUUUUACUCAAUGGGUAAACGAGUAUUCAAUUUUACUGGGAUUUUGAGCAGGCUUAAGUUUUUUGCAGUUUUUGCUUUGCCAUCUUUAUUCAAAAUGUUUAAAAUGAGUGUCUUUGACGCAAAGGCAACCAAGUUUUUGAAGCAAGUUGUCUUCGAUAAUAUCAACGUAAGAAAGGAAAAGGGCAUUGUAAGACCAGACAUGAUUAAUAUUUUAUUGGAAACUAGAAAGGGUUUUAAAGAGGAAACUGAAGAUGUUGUUGAAACUGGAUUUGCUACUGUUAAGGAAACUGCUGAUAUAUCAAAAUUCAAACAAAAAUACCUAACAGACCAAGACGUAGCAUCUCAAGCCUCAGUUUUCUUCGUAGCUGGCUUUGACUCAAUAGCAACAGCUAUGUCUUUCAGCGCUUACGAACUAGCUAUGAACAAAGACGUCCAAACCAGACUCAGAAACGAAAUAAUUUACACUCAAAAAACCACCAAAGGCAAACUCACCUAUGAAGCCUUACUUAAAAUGAAAUAUUUAGACAUGGUCCUAUCUGAAGUAAUCAGACUGUGGCCACCAGCCCCUGGAAUCGACAGAGUGUGCACCAAGCCUUACACAAUCGAACCAAUUACCCCUGACGAAAAACCCCUCCACCUAAAAAAAGGCGACAUCCUGUUUUUACCCAUCGUAGGCCUCAUGCACGAUCCAGAAUAUUUUCCAGAGCCGGAAAAGUUCGAUCCCGAAAGGUUUUCAGAUGAAAAUAAAAACAGUAUUAAUCCGUAUACUUAUAUACCGUUUGGUUCUGGACCGAGGAAUUGUAUCGGGUCGAGAUUCGCUUUGUUGGAGGUUAAAGUUUUACUGUAUUAUUUGCUGUUGAACUUUGAGAUUGAAUUGACCGAAAGGAUGAAGGUGCCGUUGAAGUUGGACCCGGCCGCGGUUAAUCCUAUAGCCGAGGGUGGGUUUUGGUUAGGGUUGAGACGUGUACAACAAAAUUGAAUAAUGUUAGAUGCUUUUUGUAAUAAAGAUUUAUUUAGUUAGGAUUUG